UUGGUCCUGUUGUCGGGGCUAGAGUUUUAAUGGGAUCGGGUACCUGGUGGAAAAUUGUCAGGAUCACCACGGAACACUCUAUUUUUCUUUAACAGGAAUCUGUCUAGGUUUGGUAAAAAUGAGUGUUCGUGCGAUUUGGUUGCUGGGGCUCGAAAAGGGAGCAGCAUCCGUGAAAAUGUCAAGACGAUAUCCAACUGUUGAAAAAAGAGCCCGAAAUUUCAAUGGGAAAAACUAUACAGAGGUACCAGAAGACAAGAUCUUCCUAAAUGCAUUGUUAACUGAGCUCAGUAUGACUGAACUGGAUAAGAACUUUGUGGAGCACAGAGAUAGCUGUUGCAGAAUAAAUCGGACGUCUGCUUAUGAAAUUGCAGUUGGAGAUGGUGUUCUGUGGCCUGUCCUUGUAAUGACACAAAAUGCUAUCCUCUAUGCUUGCCUACCUUUAGUGGAACAGUCUUUGACUCCUCGCCCACCAUUAUUUUCUCUACGUGGAAUUUCUUCUGCAUUUGCUCUGCUAUCAGGGUUAAUGACCUUUUUAACCAUGACACAAAGAAGUGAACCAGAAAUGACUACCAAAUUGACACAGAUCUCUGCUAUGUUAAUGCAUGCUUGUCCGUUGGGGACUCCAACAGACACUGACUUUGGAUUGAUGCAGACCCUGUCUGGCAGCCUUGUACCUCAGACUCCAAUAUCUUCAGCACAGUUACAAAAGCAACCAGCUUGGAAGCCUGGUAUAUACAAAGGAAAACCACAGGUUAAUGUCUGUGUGACUGAACAGAUUAGAUCUAUGCAAUAUGACAAGAAUGAUGUCAUUGAUGUCUGGCAGGAGUAUGGAACUGUAACAUGUAAGUGUGAUCUAGAAGGAAUAAUGCCCACUGUUACAGUAAGCCUGAAUCUACCAAUCAAUGGCUCUCCUCUACAGGAUAUCCUUGUGCAUCCAUGUGUCAGUGCUGUUGAUUCUACUAUCCUCGCGUUUAACAGUGUUGAUGAUGUGGAUGAUUCACUGUUUAAUGGACCGUAUAAAUUUUCUUUCACACCGCCAUUAGAUGUAUUUAAACUUUGCUACUACACCUCCCAGGUACCCAUCCCUCCAAUUCUUGGUUGCUAUCAAAUGAAAGAAGAGGAACAAUACUUAAAGAUUACAGUUAAUCUGAAACUACAUGAAAGUGUCAAAAAUGGAUUUGAAUAUUGUGAAGCUCAUAUUCCUUUUUUCAACAGGGGUCCAAUAAUACACGCUGAGUGUAAGGUGAGCCAUGGGCAACUGGAGGUGUCACGGGAGAAAAGCUUGCUGGUCUGGGUCAUUGGUCAGAAAUUCCCUAAAUCUUUGGAGGUAUCUUUAACUGGUACUGUAAUAUUCCCUGCAUUUGGUGUAGCAAACCAUUCAGUGCAGCUAACAGAUCCAUUUUGCACUGGCCUUACUGCAUAUGUUAAGCUUUACUUUCGAAUACCAGAUUAUACAUUGACAGGUUGUUACGUGGACCAGCAUUCUGUACAAGUAUAUUCAUCAGCAAAACCCAAAAUCGUGACAUUAUCCGUUGCCACAAUUAAAGAAGAAACAGCUGCAUUUCAAAGGGAUUCCGAUUCUAGAAGCUUAAUCGUGAUUGACAAGGCCUUCUUAUUCUAGGCAAUAAGAAAACUCUGGGAGUCCUUUCUUCUUCUGAAACUUCAAUCAUUUUCAAAAAUUCUCAUUUGGAUUUCAUUCUAUUCCUUUUAUAACUAUUCUGCUAUACGAUUUUACAAAGUUGAAAGAUGCUUAGUAUUUGCAGUAUAUAUGAAUUGCAUUCAUCCCAAGAUUGGUGCCAGACCUAUAUUGUUGAUGGGGAGGAAGCUAAAAUCCAUUUAGCUUCACAACACGGUUAUAAAACAUUGUGAAAAUCCUGCAGACGGUCUUCUGUCACAAUACUUUUAUCUGUGUACAUAAAAGUACCUUGCAGCAUGGCAUUCUAUAAGCUAAAAUGUCCAGGAAGUGUGCACAUUAAAGCUACUGUUUUUAGUAUUUUCACGCCUUUUUUGUAUCAGAGCCUGCAUUUUAAAAGAUACUUUGUCAUGUUGAGAAGUUGUAAGUAGAUUAGUAAAUGAAUUCUGGAACAUAACCUUUUUUUUCCUCAACUGUACCUAUUCAAUUAUAU